AUGGAUUCCCCAUUUUUCCAAUUAGGGGAUCAGAACAAUGGUGAUGUGAAACUGCAGAUAAUUUGCUUUGAUGGCCACCCAUACGGUGGUAAUCCCAUUUACCUGCACUCUCAAGUUUUGAAGAAAUCAAGUUAUUUUGAAGCCAGGCUUUCUGAACGCUGGUCUCCAGAGAGUUCUUUUUCUGCUGAAAUCAUUAUAACACUUCCUCCGGAUGGCUCUGCUGAGAAUUACAUUGAUUGCAUUCGCCUCAUGUAUUCAUCUCACUGGGAAAAACACCUUUCUUUUUCAAAUGUAGAUGAUGCCCUACGCAUUUUACCAGUUGCUUCUGAAUUUCUGUUUGAAGAGGGAAUUCGAGCGUGCAUGGACUAUUUGGAAGCAGUUUGUUGGACUCCUGAACAAAAGCUCAGAAUCCGAGCUCUUCUAUCAUCUUUGCAGGUAAAUAUUUCCACUGAUUUAGCUGAAAGGCUUAAAAUAUCUAAAUCCUUUUUUGAUGAAGAACUAGAGCUAUUAAAAAAGAUAGUACCCCAAAUGCUUUCUGAAGUUCUUAACAAGCCCUUUGUUUCGUACGGCGUGCCUCUGAAACAUAUGAGAGAAACAGUGGAGAAACAGAUAGUUGCAUACUUUGAGGAAGAUAUACAUCCGUCUAUUCAAAAAAUAUGCAGAGUUGCUCUUCUAGACGAAUUUAGGACCAGAAUUAAGAAAAUUAAGCGUGGACCUUCUACCGAGAUAAGGGAUGAUGCAUGUGAAUCUCUCUUGUGGUUGUUGGACUUGAUUAAGCUCUGUAAAAAUGGUAUAUUUGAAGCUGCAUUCACAAUUUUUGUUAAAGAUGAAGACAUUGCUGGCAUAUUAGCAAAACCCAAAAUAAGUUGGUCACCUAAUACUGCUGCAGUAAGUAGGCCAUUUCAGUAUGGCGCCUCUUUUAUAAACAUAAAUAAUGAUCAGAACUUUUCUGAUUCAGAUAGGUCAUAUUCGAGGCGUGUGCUAGAAAUUUUAGUUCAUAGAUUUCUGGACGCUCUGGCAAAUGGAGAUAUAAUUAUUCCCAAACGGGAACGUGUUUCUUUCCUGAUAAAGUGGGUGCCAGUCAUAGCACAUCUUGUCUGUAGGCUUGCCUGUGUAUACAAGGCGUGUGAACUUAUUUAUUGUACUUCCUCGGUUAGCCUCUCUGUUCCUUUCUCUAGUCACAUUCCGGGUUUGAAAUUCUCCGAGAGAUUUGAAGGAGGAGUGACUAAUAUAUUAGCAAGCCUUCCUCCCAGUGAUCAGAAGCAGAUUUUCAGCUCUUUUACUGAUAGUGCUAAAAAAUUUCAAACUUGGGAGAGGGGAAUCUUCCAUUGGUGGAUUAAGGUGAUACGGAUCGCAGUCAUGGCUGAGAAUGGAAGCCAUCUUCAGAUGGAAUGA